AUGGGAGGGGUGCGAUGUAAGCACCUCUUUUGGGCGAGCCUUGUUGAGUCUAGGGGGACGUUCCAGACAGUGUUAAUCAUCCUUCUGAUACCAUUUUCCUUGACUGUGGAUUAUAGGGCAGCACCAAUUAUAAAAGAUGCGCCCUUCCUUUGGGUCUGGAAUGUCCCAACUGAACCUUGUAUUGGAAACUUUAGUCACUCAAUAGAUCUGAGCCUCUUUCCUUUAAUUGGAAGCCCCCGGAAAACUGCCACAGGGCAGCCUGUCACCCUAUUUUAUGUUGACAGACUAGGAAAAUAUCCUCACAUAGAUGCAAAACAAGUAGAACACCAUGGAGGAAUACCUCAGUCGGGUAAUUUGCGAGAUCAUUUGGACAAAGCUAAGACUGACAUAGAGCAUUACAUUCCAGAAGACAAGUUGGGCUUGGCUAUCAUUGACUGGGAAGAAUGGAGGCCUACGUGGAUGAGAAACUGGAAACCCAAAGACAUCUACAGGAACAAGUCUAUUGAGUUGGUCCAGGCAAAUAACGCGGGCAUUACCAUCUCCGAAGCCACCAAAAAAGCCAAGGAACAAUUUGAAGAGGCAGGAAGGAAGUUUAUGGAAGAGACUUUAAAACUAGGGAAAUCAGUUCGACCAAAACACUUAUGGGGUUACUAUCUGUUUCCUGAUUGUUAUAACAAUAAAUUUCAAGACCCUAAAUAUAACGGGAAAUGCCCUAGUGUGGAAAAUCAAAGAAACGAUGACCUUAAGUGGUUGUGGAAAGAGAGCACCGGCCUUUACCCAUCUGUCUACUUGAAGAAAGACUUGAAGUCUAAUCGGCAAGCUACACUCUAUGUCCGCUUCCGGGUCGUGGAGUCUAUCAGAGUGUCCAAAGCUCACGGUGAAAGUGACCCUGUGCCUAUCUUUGUCUAUAUCCGUCUUGUUUUUACUGAUCAGGUUACUGAAUACCUUAAGGAGGAUGACCUUGUGAAUACCAUUGGUGAAAUUGUUGCUCUGGGUCCGGCUGGAAUUAUAAUAUGGGAUGCUAUGACUUUAGCACAACGUGCGCCAGGUUGCCCAAUCCUACAUGAAUACAUGAAGACGACCCUGAAUCCGUACAUAAUCAACGUCACCCUAGCAGCCAAAAUGUGCAGCCAAACACUUUGUGGGAGUAAAGGUGUAUGCACAAGAAAAAAUGAAAGUUCAGAUGUAUAUCUUCACUUGAACCCAAGAUAUUUUGAAAUUAAAUUAAUGGAAAAUGGAAGGUUUAAAGUACGUGGCAAGCCCAGGCUUGGAGAUCUGGAGUAUUUCUAUGACAAUUUUAAAUGUAGCUGUUUUACCAAUACAAAAUGUAAGGAGAAUUCUCAUAUAGACUACAUCCCAGAUGUUAAUGUGUGCACAGGUGACAAUGUUUGUAUAAAAGCCCUUGUAGAGCCCAACCCAGCAUUCCACCUCCUACCUGGCCAACGCCUUCUCUUCAUGACAAUGCUCACUCACGUAUUGCUUCAUUUGCCACAAGAUAUUUUUGUUUUUCCUGGGAAGAUGCUAGUUGGUGCUCCUUAG